CAGAUUUUGAAGCUUUCCCUGGCGUAAGCCCUUUGCGGUAUUUGUCAAGCUGUCAAGCUGCAUCGGGUUUAGCACGAGCUAAUAUCUUGCUCACUCGGCCACAGUGCAUCUUAACAAGUAUUAACCUAUCUGUGACAUGGCUCGUGAGGCUUUCGUGGACGACGUCCAUAGCAUGAAGGUCCUGUAUCAGGAAUACACCAAACGCAACGAUAUAGACGACGUGGCUGGUGUAGAGCAGGAUAUACGGGAUGCCAUGCAUAAGUGCUCGAUGAAAGAGGCGGACGUGCAGCAGACCAUAAAAGACCUAUCCAGGCAAGCUCGCGAGCUUGAGGAGGCGGCAACUUAUCCGCACAGGGAGGGGUUUCAUUUGCAACGCGUAGCGGCUCUGGAGCGUCAAAUCGACAGUGCUAAGCGCAUGAUAGACGAUAUGGACAUGGAGGCCAGGACUGCAGAACAGCAGUGCGAAGAGAUCGACGUCCGGAUGCGGGCCGCUAUGGCUUCUGCGCGUGAGCUAGCAGCCGCGAGCAGCUCCGAGGCGGCCAACCUGAUGAGCGAGCUGUCAAUGUACAAGCACAUUACUGGCGUGACGUGGUGGCCAGGAAAGUCCACCAUCUCCGGCACCGUCUCCGACGCCAAGACCGGUGACAUCCGUAUGUUUGACUUUGACCAGGACAUUGAUAAAGUUGAGCUGGUGAACAAACUCUGGGAGCUCCUAUGAUCGCACGCCCGGCAAGCGACUGUGCGUUGUGUACAACACCGCACAGCCUCCUCUUUAUUGUAGGGUUACUGACUGUAUGGGGAUUCUGAGUACUGCACACAAGCCGCAUAAGCGGCCGGUAUGUGCAAUCAUCUCCAUAACCACAAGGCAAGGUUUAUCUCCCUUGCGGUACUAUUGUAUCUGUGUAGACGUGAUCAGGAGCCCAACUUUGCGCUUUGCAAGUGAAUCGUCGUACAUCAAUCUUCGUGCAAUUUGUUGAUUGCGUCAGGCAUACUGGUGUUGUAGAUGGAUAAUACCUGAUGCUUGUAAUUUUGCUGGUCG